AAAUAUUGAUUAUGAUGUUCAAUCAACUAAAGAUUCAUAUUCAUCAUUAUUAGUUAAUCGAUUCUGGUGUAAAGUUACAAUACCUAUACUUUGGGAACUACCUUUUGGUCGUUACGCGAAACACAACUUGAAGAAGAAAGCAUUAUGUAUUCGUACUUAUAUAUCAUGUAUGGAUAUUGAAGUUAGAACUUUUCUUACUCAAAAUGGAUUUGAUUUAUCAUCAUCACCACCUCAAGUCACUUUUGAUUAUCCAUCAUUUACUCAUGAUUUUAGAAUUGAUAAUUUGUAUUUUUUAGUAUGCAAACUUUGUUCAAUUAAUUCGAUAAUAUAA